AUGGCUACUUUGGAUACUGUACGUAGUUCUUCGCCAGAAUUUUUGGGUUUAGCUACACAAUUUGGCAUUUCCUCAGCAAUUUCUUUAUAUUGUUUAUUACAAUUUGAAUGGAAUAGGCGUAGAAAAUCUAUGCAAUAUUUAUAUACUCCAAGAACAAGAUUGAUCAAAAAUCCGUCGCCACCAGUGCCACCAGGAUUAUUUUCUUGGGUAAAAGCUGCAUAUCGAUUGGAUGAUAAAUUUUAUCUUACAAACGUUGGAUUAGAUGCAUUGAUGUAUAUAAGAUUCUUGAGAAUGGCAUUUCAAUUUUUAUUAUUUAAUUCAUUACUAGUUGGCCCAAUACUUUUGCCCAUAAAUUACACAGCUAGUGCGUCUAGCACUGAAGAAAGAAACAACGUAGAUAUUUUUUCUGUUAAAAACAUUAAAUUUGAUCUGAAUCGAUUAUGGGCUCAUAUGAUAUGUACGUACAUAGUUAGUAUUAGUUGGAUGUACCUCUUAUACAAGAAUUAUUACUCUUAUAUGAAAUUGCAUAAAGAAUAUCUUUUAAAGAAAGUUGAUAGUGGUGAUAUCAGUGUACGAACUGUCAUGAUAUCAAGAAUACCGGAAGAGCUAAGAUCAGAAGAAGAACUUCAAAAAUAUGUUAAUAGAUUGUGCAUAGGUACUGUAGAAUCUGCUAGAAUGGUGAGACAUACCGGUAAAUUAGAUAGAAGAAUAGAAAGGAGAGAAAAGGCACUAUUAUUACUAGAAAGAGCUCAUAUACAACUUGCAAAAAAUGUUUAUCGAUUUAUUAAACGAAGAAAAUUAUUUGGAAAUGGAUUUUGGUUUAAAAUUUUCAGCUGUAAUAAAGAUAAUGACGUUCCAGCUUUGACAGUUGAAUCUGGUGAAACAAGAGAACAUCAAAGAAUUCAAUCUAUUAUAGAAAAGGUUGACAUAAGAAAAAGAAAGCAUAUUAUGGAUUAUGAGGAUGGUUAUGGUCAUCAACUUUCAAUAUGGGAAUCAUUGUCGCGCAUUCCCAAAUCUUCACUUGAUAAAUUUCAACCGAAAAGUGGAUUUUUUAGUGGUGGCAAAACUGUUUAUGCCAUUGAUCAUUUUAUCAGGAAAUUUAACUUCUUGGACAGAAGUAUUGCAGGACUAAGAUCCCUUUCUGUAACUGGUCUACCAUACAAAGCUACUAGUACUGGUUUUGUAACAUUUCGGGAUCAUAUAAGUGCUCAAAUGUGUGCCCAAAGUAUCAUAUGUUCUACACCUCAUACUUGCACUGUUAAAAUGGCUCCUGAGCCAAGAGACUUACUUUGGAGUAAUUUGAUAAUGACUUUUCCUUCACCUUUAAUACAUACGCUACUUCGGAAUGUAUUACCGACAGUUUUAGUAUCAAUCUUUAUGGCCAUGUUACCUUGGAUUUUAAUGGAAUUAUCCAAGCAAGAAUGUUUUUCAUCAUAUUCAGAAUUAGAAAAUGCAGUAUUGGUUCGAUAUUAUUAUUUCUCAUUCUUUAACGUAAUUGUGGUAUUCUUGCUAGGAAAAGUUUUUUUAGAAUCAAUCUUUAAUAUACUCAAUUCUCCUGCAAGUAUUUUGGAAACUUUGGCCAAUACGUUACCACAGGGAGCAACAUUUUUUAUAAAUUAUAUAGUUUUCAAUACUUGCGCUCACGGUUUUGAAUUAGUUCAAGUAGUUCCACAAAUCUUUCUUCAUAUAUUGUUAACAUCAAGAUUUGUAUCCACAACACCGAGAAUACUCCAACGAGUGACACAUCCUCAUUCAUUUCAAUUUUACUACUAUUACCCAAAUCAUAUUUUAAUACUAGUAAUCACCAUCACCUAUUCCACCAUUAAUCCACUCGUAUUACCAUUUUCUGUGCUUUAUUUUGGAAUUGCCCUUCUGGUAUUCAAAUAUCAAUUCGGUUAUUGUUAUGUGCGUCGUUAUGAAGCAGGUGGUAGAUUCUAUAAAAGUGUUUUUCGCUAUACCACCGAUGGAUUGGUUGUGUUUCAGUUGACGGUUCUUGGUGUGUUAUGGCUCAAUAAAGCCAUUGCUAUAGGAACUCUUUUGGUGCCACUUUUGGCAGGCACAGUAGCCAGUAAAGAUACUGAUUCUACUAUGAACAAUGAAUCGUCUCAAAAAGAAAAUUUUAGUAAAGGUGAUUUUAUUGUUAAUGAUAAAAAAGAAGAAAAAUCUAUAUCAAAAAAACAAUUAUCAUCUAAAGAUGAAAUGAGAGAGAAAAAACUGUCAAGUCAUAGUUUAAGCAAUAUUGAUGAGAAAUCAGUAGAUUCCAUCAACAGUAAAAAAGUUUUAUUAGCACAAAGUAUCAACAGUAGCAACAAUAGUAAUAUUGAUAAUAGAAAAAUUAUUGUUAAAAAUAACAAUAAUCCUACGACGAUAACUUUGCCGCCAAAGAAUAUACCACCAAAGAAGAUACCAGCAAAUGCACAAAGAUUACCAUCCCGAGGAAAUUUAAGGUGUGCACCACACCCGGCACAUUUCACACACGAUCCAAGUCUAAAGCUGAUUCAAGAUGAGACAUCACAAUACCAAACUUAUACACAUCCCAACCUAGUUAAAGCCUUGAAUCGCAAAUUAUGGUUACCUCGUAAUCCAUUUAAACCAAUUAAUAUUGAAGACACGGUGGAACUUAACCAAGCAUUAACAUCAAGUGAUUGCAGACUUAGUACAGUGGGAUAUUGGGGAGACAAUUCAGAGUAUUUGGCAGAAGCUAGGGUUAGUUUGUACGGGAUACAUGACUUUCCCAUGUCACCAUUUCAUCAUCGUGGAGGUACUGGUACUGAUCGAAGAAAACGUACAGAGUCAGGUGACUAUUGUAUUUCACGUGAUGUUGUUGAUGGUGUGGAAGAGCAAAAUGAUGACGAGUCAUCAUUUUGUCCAUAUGCACCAUUAUCACCUGAAGAAGAGGGCAGAGUGAGUCUUCAAGAAUUUGUUAGUGGUGAACUAGUUUCUGGUGAAUUGAGCAGUGGUGAAGAAUAUUAA